AUGUUAAAUCUAAGAUUUGUUUUAUAUAAAAAUCUUAUAAAUAAAUAUAAAAGGAAUAAAUUUGAUAAAAAUUAUAGUUUAUAUAAAAACAAUUUUUUCAGAAAUAUUUCUAUUUAUAAUGAGCGUCACACACGAAAAAUAAGUACUAAUAAUAAACAAGAUGUUAACUCUCUUAAAAAAAGAAAAGGAAAAAUUUCUUUUAAAAAUGCCUUCUUUUUAGCAUUAUUGUUAUAUGGCUCUUAUGAAAGCGUAAAUUUAUACGAAAACAACGAGGAUUUGAAAAAAAAAAUUGAAACUUAUCCAUAUUUAUAUGAUCUUAUAGAAAAAAAAAUAAUUCCUUUUAAAAUUGAUUUUGAUAAGUUUUUCGAUAAAGGGAAGGCACAUAUAAAAUUACAUAUGAAAGAUGUGCAAUCAGUAGAUGAAUAUUAUUACCUAAUAAAAUGUAUGAUUUUAAAAAUUUAUAAUAAUUGCGAAAUUUUUAUAAAUACAAAAAUAAAUAGUCUUUUAAAAAUGUUCGAUAAAGAAACUAUGAAGCCAAAUGAUAAUUUAGAAAAUUUCAAAAAAUAUGAAAUUGAAAAAAAUAUAUAUGAUAGUAAUAAUAAAGAAGAUAAAAUGAAUGAGAUUCAUAAAAUAUAUAAUUAUGACAAAAAUGAUAAAAAUAUAAAUAAUGAAAUUGAUACAUUAGAAAAUGAUACAGAAAACAUUUGGGAACUAUCUGACAAAUUAAAUUCAUACGAGAUAAGGAAAGAUGAAGACAUUAAUGAUUCAAAUAAUGAGAAUGAUAUAAAUUAUAAAUCAGAAGAUUACAAUAAUGGUUUAAAUAAUGAUCACAAUCAUAUAGAAAAAGAGUCACUAAGAAAAAAUUUGCAUAACGAAGAUACAAAAGAAAUGUUACAUAAAAAUUUAGUAGAAAAAUUAAAAGAAAAUACAAUAGAAGAUAAAUUAGAGAAUAGUUCAAAGUUUGAAAGCAGAAUUAAUUUUGAAAAUCAUAUUUAUAAGGAUUCUCAAGAAAAAGAAAAAAUUGAAAAAUUAAUUGAAGAAUAUCAAAACAAAACUAAUAUUGAACUUUUUGAUAUUAAUAAUGGUAAUUCUUCAACAUCAUUAGAUAAUAUAAAAGAAAUAGAUGAAAGAAAUAAAGAUAGUUCUAAAACAAUUAAUAAAACUACUUCAAGAGAAGACGAGGAUUGUAAUUCUCAUAUAAAGCAGGAAUUGACCGAAAAUAAUAUAACGUCCUUUAAAAAAAGUGAAGAGACAAAAGAAGCUAUUGAUAAUAUAACAUAUUAUAAUGCACAAAAUAAAGACUUAAUAAAUGAAGAUGCCUACAAAGUAAAGUUUAUUAAUAAAGAUGGUGAAAAAAAAAUAUCUGAAGGAGAUAUUAAAAAAAAAAAUUAUAAUGAUAUAAAAGAAAACUAUCCUUCAAAUUCAAUUGAUUAUAAAAAGAAUAAUGCGCAUAUUACAAAUGACAAUAUGUUAAAAAAAAAAGAAAAAAAUAAUAAUUUAAAAAAUAAUUUAAGUAUUGAUAGAAUACAUGAAGGAAAUGAAUCAAAUGAGAAUAUUUUUGAUGAAAAACAUUUUAACAGCUUUUUUGAAAAAAAUUUAAAAGAUUUUGAAGAUAAAAUAAAUAAUUUAAAUGAGAAAGAAUUAAAAAAUAAAAUGAGAGAAAUGUUUAUUAAUGAAUUAAUAACAAACAAGUAUAAAGCUAUUUUAAUGGAAGAAGAAAAAGAAAUAUUAAAGAAAAUGUUAACUAUUAAAUAUAACAAUGUAUUUUUAAAAAAAAAAAAGAAACUACAAAGGGAUUUAAAAAAAAAUAUGAUGAGAAAAUUAAAAGAAGAAGAAAGAAUACUAAAGGAAAAUUAUGAAAAAGAAAAAAAAAAUUUUGAAAUUACCUUACUUCAUUUGAAGGAAAAAGAAAUAGAUAAGGAAAAAAAAAAGAUAGAAAAUAAAUUAAAAUUAAUUGAAGAAAAUUAUUUGAGCAAAAUGAAUUUCUAUGCAUGUGAUAUUAAUAUGAUGAAAGAUAAAUUUUCUAAGGAUCAAAUUAAAAAUAUAAACUUAGAAAAUAUUAAUGAAAUUCAAAAUCAAUUAGUGAAUUUACAAAAUUGUUUAAUACAUGAUUUAUCUAUUGAAUCAGUUUUACCUGAAUUAAAAAAAAAUCUAGAAAAAGAUGUGUUUUUACAUAAAAUGCUCAAAGUACUACCGGAUGAUUUUUUUUCACAUAAGUACAAACCAGUUAAUAAUAAUGAAAAAAUAAAAAAUGAAUUUUACAAUUUAUAUAAAGAAGGAGUAAAAGAAGCAUUUAUAAAUGAAAAUGAUAAUUAUUUAAAAAAAAAAAUUAAUGAAAUAAUCUCUUAUUUGUAUCUAAAUCAUGAGUAUACCCUCAAAUAUAUUUUAGUUCAUUCAUUGAAAAAUUCCACGUUAAAAGAAAAUUUAUUAAACUUAUCAUACGCUUUACACAGCAUAGAACAAAAUAAAUUAAUAGAUGCACUAAAAUAUAUAAAUGAAUUGAAAGGAAAUUGUAAAAAAACUUUUUUUUCUUUUAAUGAUCGUAUAAAAAAUACAAUAUUAUUCAGAUUUUAUUUACGAUUAGCUGUAUCAAGGCUUAUGCUAACAAGUAAAACUUUGAAAACAUAUCAGUAUAAAAAUAUUUAA